AUGGCCGAUCAGGAUCAACCUUCUACUCCCAACCCCGAUUCCACAACCACAACCCCCAACAAGCCUAAACGUGCCCCUCCCAAACUGGGCAAGAAGUCCCCCGCCAAACAAGAACAGACCCCUCCCCCGUCCGAACAAGGCCAGGCCGAGGACAAGAGCGAAGACUCCGAAAAGAAACCAGAAGAGAACAACGAAGAAAAUAACGAGUCCGAGCCCGAGCCCGUGAAACAACAAGAGCCAGACUCAGACCAAGACGAAGACGAAGACAACCAAGAACAAAACGACCCGGAACCCCAACCGGAACCCGAACCAGAGCCCAAGCAAGAACGUCGUCGUCGCCCUCGUCCUCGCCCUCAAACCCAAGAAAUGGAACAACCCCAGCAAGAACGUCGUCGCGUGCGUCGCCAGCGCCAGCCCAAGCAGCAGCAGCAAGGACAAGAUGGCGGUCCGCUCGGCGGUCUCGGCGGUGUCGACCAGGCCGGCCAGCUCGUCCAGAACACAGCCGGUAAUGCCCUGAACGGCGUAACUGGCAGUGCUGGCAAGGCCGUCGGUGGUGUCCUCGGCGGUGGGGAGAAGAAGGAUGAAGACGAGGAUGGUGGUCGUGAUGAGCAGCUUCGUCUGCGGCUGGAUCUUAAUCUGGAUAUUGAGGUCCAGCUUAAGGCGAAGAUCCAUGGUGAUUUGACGAUUGGUUUGCUUAAUUAA